AUGGCCAUCGCAGAAGAUGCAGCAACCGUUCUGGAACAGUUCAUACACGAUGUCGCCAAUCUUCCCGCAGAAAUCACUCAUCUCUACGAGGAAGUGCAAGCCAAAGAUGCGCAAAUACAGGAACUACGAUCUGCGAUACAACAACGCGACAACAGUCUGCAGAAAUUCAUCAAGUUGAACGGCAGCCUGGUCCAGAAUCCCAAAGAAGACCCCUAUUCCAAGGUCAUUUUGAGCAAUUACGAAAAAGCGCAGAUAUUGCAAGAGGAGAAGAUUGGUCUCGCCGAGAAAGCUGCUUCACUUCUGGAUCGUCACGUGAAGCGACUCGACAUCAAAUUGCGGGAUCUGCAGAGUGAUGGAUCGAUACCAAAUGAUCCUCAGAUGCCCUCUCUACUGAAAGAAUCUCCUGGUAACCUUGUGCCUCCCUCUUCCAUUACAAACACAGGCGCCAAUACACCACUUCUUCCGGUAUCUGGCAACCAUGGCGGUGGUGCUCCCAAUCUUGCGCAGGCGGCAGCCAUUGCACGCAUCACCAAUGCCACCAGUGUGAACCUCAACUCGAGAAUGAAUCCAUCUUUGCAGAAUAUGCAGACCCAAGCACUCUUGAACCAGCAGAGACUCACGAACGCACAGGGCGCAAGUCAAGGCAAUGCGCGCCAAGAAAGAGAAUCGUCUGCAGGAAGCGAUUCGAAACGGCGGCGACCCACUGGAAGCAUCGGUCCUCUGCCAACAGUGGCGUCCCAUCUAGGAAGGCAGAGUUCUGUAGGACCAGGGACUCCGAAACCAUCUACUCCGGGUUCACGUGCUGGCAGCGUAGGCCCCAGACCACCCAAGCACGCCCUGACGGUGAAGAAAGCCAAACCCCAGCAGCCGCUGCGCAAAGCUGCUCUUACUGCCAAAGCACCCAUGAACAAGAAGCGUCGAAAGGGCGGGUCAAGGGCGUCGCCUUCGACGACAGCGGAUGACGAGAGUGUAGCUAGCGAGGCUGGGACAGAAGAUGAGGAAAUGUCAGGCGUGGGAGGCGGGGAUGCAGACGAAGACGAGUCGGACGACACCAAGUACUGCACGUGCCAGCGGGUCAGCUUUGGAGACAUGGUUGCUUGUGAUAACGACAACUGCCAGUACCAAUGGUUUCAUUGGGAGUGUGUGGGUAUCAAAGAGGAGCCUCUGGGGGACUGGCUAUGUCCCGACUGUCGGAAGCAACCUCUUUCCAAGAUCAAGCGGGCGCGAUGA